AUGUAUUUAUUAAAAACAAAUAGAAUAUGUUUUUCAAGAUUAUAUAAUAAUAGAUUUAAAACAAAAAUUGGGUUUUUUAGUCCCAGUAAGACCUUUAAUGAGAUUAGAACAGACUAUAGCAAACUCACUGUUCAAAAUUCUAUCGAUUCUGACGGGAAUAUAAGAAAUUCUAAUAUUAUCAACUAUGGAAUCUUCGUUCCGAAAGAUUCUUUGAAAUUAGAGCUAUUGAAUAGAAGUAUAACCCAAAUAUUUAAUAAGUGGCCUAAUUAUAAGGUGUGUGUAUACGCAAAUGGUUAUAGAGCAAAUGAAAUUAUCAUAUCCUCAAAAAUAAUACAAAGAUUUCCUAAAAAUAAAGCACAUAUAAGCCAAUUUAAAAGAUGGUUCAGAAGAGGCUCUAAUAUAGUUUUACUUUCAGAUAACGUAUUUGCCAAGAUUCCCAAAGUUGAUAUGAUAAUUCACUAUGACCUUCCUGGAACCUUGGACGUUUUUGCAAAGAGAUUGUCAGCAACUAAAUCUAACCUGUUUUUCUAUGGAAGAACAGAUAAAUUAUUCAUGGCACAACUCCACAACUAUCUAAAGUCUGUAAUUAAAGAUUGGACCCUUCCCUCGACAGAGACUGUAGUUGAGUCAUUCAUAAAUCAACUGGAGGAGAUUUUCACUGGAGCAAAUGACAUCGCAAACGAUUGUUCUUCUGAUAAUGGGCCAGUUAAAAUUAACGAAGAAGUUAAUAAAACAGAAACCUUACUACCUGGUGAAGACAAUGAAAAAUUACCAAAAGAAUUGAGUACAACUGACACUACAAUUAAAAGUUUAGAGAACUUCGACAAGAAAAGUCUGCUUGCAUCAUUGCUUUACAUGAUACACAAGUUCAAGGACACUAACAUGAGGCAGUAUUUAAUAUAUGAUCCCAAAUUCAAGAUGUUUAAAUCUAGAAAAAUGCUUAUCAAGUAUCUAAAGGAUAAUGGAGUGCCUUACAGUUCAGUGAAUUUAACCAGAAAUGGUUUCGUUGUCGAGUCACUCAAUGAAGUAAACCUUCCGAUUUCUACUCCAGUAAUGAAAUACAAAAGGUUCACAGCACAUUUUAAUAAAGUUAGGAACUUAAUUCGAAGGUCAUACCUGUCGUCGACAGUGGACAGAAGGAAAUAUUUUAAAAAGUUAGUUAAGGAUCACGAAAGGAGAAUAAUUAACAGGUUAAAAUAA